UUUCAAUCACAUUUUCAUUGAACUUUAAGUAAUAAUAUUUUCUUCAACUUCAAAUUCAAAUUAUGUGUAACAAAUUCUAAAAAUAAAUAAGCCGAAUAAUGAUCCACGUGUACAUUUACCAAUUACGUAUGAACUAUUUCACUCUACCUGUAAAUUUUGAGAGUAAAUAGUUUGAAGUUACUGAAAAAGUAAGUAUUAGUGAGUCAGAAAUCAACAUGAUUCAGUAUAUUUAACGGAAAGAAUGGAUCUUCUCCGAUAUCGAAAGUUGUUCGUUUAUCUUUUGACAUUUUUGGCGUACGCCUGGUCCGGAUAUGGUGCUGGUUUAUUAGGAAAUUUGCGUGAUGCAGUUCUUGCAGCUGAAACAAUUUUCGGUGAUUUAUUCCAAAAUGCCAUAACAGUUGUCAAUAAAAUGAAAGACAUUCAUGAAGUAUUUGAUGCUGCUGUUGAAGAAAAUUGUGUCUAUACAUGUCCAUCAGGAGCUGCUCCAAAGCCAAAUAAAAAUCACAUACCGCAAAGUAAUGGUUGUGGAUCAUUGGGAAUUGAAAUUAAUCAAGAAUACCUGCCAUUAUCUGAGAUGACUAAAUGUUGUGAUGAACAUGACAUUUGUUAUGACACAUGUAAUACUGAUAAAGAAAAAUGUGAUUUAGAAUUUAAAAGAUGUCUAUACAAAUACUGUGAAGGGUAUCAAAGUACAGGAAUUACUAUUGUAAAUACUUGUAAAGCUGCAGCUAAAAUGCUAUUUACUGGUACAACUGCAUUAGGCUGUAAAAGUUAUAUUGAUGCACAAAAAGAAGCUUGUUGGUGUGGAGAUAAACCAACUAAAAAUAAAUGGAAAAAAUCCAAGUGGUCUGGCUCGGAUGAUUUGUAAUAUAAUUAAUAUGAAGAUUUAUGAAUAAUUAUUUUUAAUUAAUAAUUUAGCAUUAAAUCAAUUCUCAUUGAUUUUUAUAGUUUUAAUAAUGGAAAAUUAUAAUUUCUAUCAACUGUAAAAAAUAGCUUCCAUCCGAAAGCAAUCAUGACAUUUUUAUGUUUCGCUCUAAAAUUAUGUAUUAUUUAUUUUUUUAAUAAUAAAAAGAAAAAAGAGAGUA